GACGCAAAAGGAUCGCAAAAUGGCAGUUAAAGUUUUGUGUUUCAUGAUUCUUGCGAUUGUUUUGUCUGAAGUCACUGCAGACUACAGCAAAAUUCAAAUUAAGCAGCUCUUCUCGAAGGUCAGAUCAUGCGUUUCUCCCGAUGCCGAUGUGAUUGAGCGAGUCAUGUACAAUCGAAACGUGGUCAAAGACAAGGAAACCCUGCUUUAUUUUGAGUGUGCCAGUGAAAAGAUGGGAUGGCUCAAUGCCGAGCGUCAGUUUCAGCCGCAGUUGUUGAGUGAUUUUUUCGCGCAAAACUUUGAUCGAGCUGCGAUCGAGAGCACCGUUAAUGCGUGUUCGAGCAGCCUCCCGGGGGAAUCGCUCGGGGAGCAGCUGUACAACUUUCAUCAGUGCUUUUUCUCAAAGUUUGAAAUCAAACGAAAUUGAAUAAAAUCCAAAAACUGAAUUUGUAGCAAAUUGUAAUGCA